AUGAUCACGCUGGGCAAGAAGGGAGUGUUGAAAGACCAAUCAGAAGAAGGCCGUGCCAGCAUCUACCAAUCCGUGUUCACCAACUCUUCCAAGGAGAUGAUGUGCUUCCCGGAUUUCCCGUACCCCGACGACUACCCCAACUAUAUGCAUCACACCAAGCUCCAGGCCUACAUAAAGUCAUUUGCCCAGAAGAAGGACCUGGUCAGAUACAUACAGUUUCAGACCCUGGUUUUGAGUAUAAAGAAAUGCCCCAACUUCAGAGUCACCGGUCAGUGGGAAGUGGUAACGGAGAAGGAUGGGAAACAGGAGACUUCCACUUUUGAUGCAGUGAUGAUUUGCUCCGGACAUCACGUGUACCCCAAUCUGCCAACAGGUUCCUUUCCAGGACUGGACCAGUUCCAGGGACAGUACCUGCACAGCCGGGACUACAAGGGCCCCCAGGCCUUCCAGGGGAAGCGGGUGCUGGUGGUGGGCCUGGGGAACUCGGGCUGCGACAUCGGCGUGGAGCUCAGUCGCCAGGCUGCCCAGGUCAUCAUCAGCACCCGAAGUGGAUCCUGGGUCAUGAGCCGGGUUUGGGAUCACGGCUACCCAUGGGACAUGGUCUACGUCACCCGCUUUGCAAACUUCAUCCGGAAUAACCUGCCUGGCUUCGUCUCUGAUUGGCUCUACGUCAGGAAGAUGAACACGUGGUUUAAGCACGAGAAUUACGGCCUGGCGCCUUUAAAUGGCACUCUUCGGAAAGAGCCCGUGUUUAACGACGAGCUCCCGGCCCGGAUUCUGUGCGGGGCCUUGUCCAUCAAGCCAGGCGUGAAGAAAUUCACUGCGACCUCAGCCGUCUUCGAGGAUGGGACCGUCUUCGAGGGUGUCGACUGUGUUGUUUUUGCAACGGGCUACGGCUACGCCUAUCCCUUCCUCGAGGACUCCAUCAUCAAGAGCAGGAACAACGAGGUCACCCUGUUUAAAGGGAUCUUCCCUCCUCCUCUGGAGAAGCCAACCAUGGCCGUCAUCGGCCUCGUCCAGUCCCUGGGAGCUGCGAUCCCCACGGCUGACCUGCAAGCUCGCUGGGCUGCCAAAGUGUUGGCCAACAAAUGUACCUUGCCAAGUGAAAAGGAAAUGAUAGACGACAUUGAUGAGAAAAUGGGAAAGAAACUCAAGUGGUUUGGCCAGAGCCAGACGCUGCAGACGGAUUACAUCUCCUACAUGGACGAGCUGGGCUCCUUCAUCGGCACCAAGCCCAGCAUCCCGUGGCUCUUCCUCACCGACCCCCAGCUGGCCCUGGAGGUCUUCUUCGGCCCCUGCAGCCCCUACCAGUUCCGGCUGGUGGGGCCGGGCAAGUGGGAGGGGGCGAGACACGCCAUCCUGACGCAGUGGGACCGCGCAGUGAAGAGCACCAGGACCCGGGCCGUGCGAGAGGCGCAGAGACCCCGGCCCCUCCACGACCUGCUCCGGCUGCUCUCGCUGCCCGCUCUGCUGCUCGCGGCUUUCCUGACGCUUUACUAG